AAACCCUAAGACAUAAAUUGAUUCGGUGUUGCUAAACCCCAGUGAGGCAGAAGAUGGAUCUUGCUAUGAUACUAGAGGCUGCUCUGAGUCCCCAGCCCGAUGAACGGAAGGGCGCGGAGCAGAGGUUGGAUGAGAUGCAACAGGCCCCACAGCAUCCCGUUAGCCUCUUCCAAAUCAUCGUCGACAGCAGCAACUGCAAUAUGCCCAUUCGACAGGUUGCCGCCAUCCAUUUCAAGAACCUGAUCGCCAAGAAUUGGACCAAAAUCUCCCUCGACCAUAAAGAGCUCCUUCGGAAUCACAUCCUCCUCUUUCUGCCUCAGCUCCCUCCCCUCCUCAGGUCUCAGCUCGGCGAGUGCCUCAAAACAAUCAUCCAUUCCGAUUAUCCCCUCCACUUCCCUCAUCUCCUCGAUUGGAUCAUCCUUAAUUUGCAGGACCACCAUCAUGUCCACUCCUCCUUGUUUGUGCUUCGUAUUCUUUCUAGAAAAUACGAGUUCAAGUCCGACGACGAGAGGACUCCCAUUUAUCGCGUCGUGGAGGACACUUUUCCUCUUCUCCUCAAUAUAUUUAACUCCUUCCUCCAAAUUCCCAAUCCCUCAAUCGAACUCGCUGACUUGAUCAAGCUUAUCUCUAAAAUAUUCUGGUCCUCCAUCUACUUGGAGGUUCCAAAGGUUCUGUUUGAUCAAAAUGUAUUCAAUGCUUGGAUGGUGCUGUUUUUAAAUGUGUUGGAGAGGCCUGUUCCCUUAGAAGGCCAGCCUGCCGAUCCCGAGCUUCGCAAAUCGUGGGGUUGGUGGAAGGUUAAAAAAUGGACAGUUCACAUUCUAAAUAGGCUCUAUACUCGUUUUGGUGACUUGAAGCUGCAUAACCUGGAAAACAAAGCCUUUGCUCAAAUGUUUCAGAAACAUUAUGCAGGGAAGAUCUUGGACUGCUACUUAAAUCUGUUGAAUGUCAUUCGAGUUGGUGGCUAUUUGCCUGACAGAGUUAUCAACCUCGUUCUUCAAUAUCUAAGCAACAGUAUUUCAAAGAAUAGCAUGUAUACUGCGCUGCAACCUCGUCUUGAUGUUCUUCUUUUUGAAAUAGUUUUCCCUCUUAUGUGCUUUAAUGAUAAUGAUCAAAAGCUUUGGGAUGAAGAUCCACAUGAAUAUGUAAGAAAAGGCUAUGACAUUAUUGAAGACUUGUAUAGUCCCAAAACUGCUUCCUUGGACUUUGUGAGUGAAUUGAUUCGAAAACGUGGGAAAGAUAAUCUUCACAACUUUAUUCAAUUCACAGUUGAAAUUUUCAAAAGGUAUGACGAAGCACCUGCAGAAUACAAACCCUAUAGACAGAAAGAUGGUGCACUUCUUGCUAUUGGGGCACUUUGUGACAAAUUGAAGCAAACUGAGCCUUAUAAAUCUGAACUUGAGCAUAUGUUAGUGCAACAUGUCUUUCCCGAGUUCAGCAGUCCUGUUGGCCACCUUAGGGCCAAGGCAGCAUGGGUUGCAGGACAAUAUGCGCACAUUAACUUCUCAGAUCAGAACAAUUUCCGAAAGGCAUUGCAGUGUGUUGUAUGUGGAAUGCGAGAUCCUGAACUUCCUGUUCGCAUUGAUUCUGUUUUUGCUUUGCGUUCUUUUGUUGAGGCUUGCAAAGAUUUGAAUGAAAUUCGACCCAUUCUCCCUCAACUCCUUGAUGAGUUUUUCAAACUUAUGAACGAAAUUGAGAACGAGGACCUUGUAUUUACCUUGGAGACUAUCGUGGACAAGUUUGGGGAAGAAAUGGCACCUUAUGCACUUGGGCUGUGCCAAAAUUUGGCAGCUACAUUUUGGAGGUGCAUGAACACUACUGAAGCUGAUGAUGAAGCCGAUGAUCCAGGUGCUCUUGCUGCUGUUGGUUGUUUGCGUGCUAUUAGCACUAUACUUGAAUCAGUGAGCAGUCUUCCUCAACUCUUUGUUCAAAUUGAGCCAGCCUUGCUACCCAUAAUGCGUAGAAUGUUAACAACUGAUGGUCAAGAGGUUUUUGAAGAAGUUUUGGAGAUUGUAUCAUAUAUGACAUUUUUCUCUCCAACAAUAUCAUUGGAUAUGUGGAGUCUUUGGCCACUAAUGAUGGAAGCACUGGCAGAUUGGGCAAUUGAUUUCUUCUCAAAUAUUCUGGUUCCUUUGGACAAUUAUAUUUCGAGGGGAACUGCCCAUUUCCUUAUUUGCAAAGAACCUGACUAUCAACAGAGUCUAUGGAAUAUGAUUUCAUCCGUUAUGGGAGACAAAAAUAUGGAGGACAAUGAUAUUGAGCCAGCUCCGAAGCUAAUUGAAGUUGUCUUUCUGAACUGCAAAGGGCAGGUUGAUCAAUGGGUUGAGCCUUAUCUCAGAAUUACAGUUGAACGUUUGCAUCGAACUGAAAAAUCACAUUUGAAAUGUCUUCUCAUGCAAGUGAUUGCAGAUGCUCUUUACUACAAUGCACCACUGACCCUCAGCAUAUUGCAAAAGUUAGGUGUUACAUCAGAAAUCUUCACUCUUUGGUUUAAUAUGUUGCAAGGAGUAAAAAAGAAUGGUGUGCGUGCUAAUUUUAAGAGGGAACAUGACAAGAAAGUUUGUUGCCUUGGUUUAACAUCAUUACUUGCACUUCCAGCUGGUCAAUUGCCAGGAGACGCUUUAGGCCAGGUGUUCCGUGCCACUCUUGAUCUUCUGGUUGCAUACAAGGAUCAAGUUGCAGAAGCUGCAAAAGAGGAGGAAGCUGAAGAUGAUGAUGAUGAUGAUAUGGAUGACUUUCAAACUGAUGAUGAAGAUGAGGAUGACAAUGGUUCUGACAAGGAAAUGGGAAUUGAUGCUGAGGAUGGGGAUGAAGCUGACAGUAGUAAAUUUACAAAGUUGGCUGAACAGACAAAGACAUUCAGGCCCAAUGAUGAGGAUGAUGACGACUCAGAUGAUGACUUUAGUGAUGAUGAAGAGUUGCACUCCCCAAUUGACGAGGUGGAUCCUUUUGUUUUCUUCGUGGAUACAAUGAAAGUGAUGCAAUCAUCGGAUCCAUUGGGGUUUCAGAACCUCACUCAGACACUUGAGUUCUCUUAUCAAGCUCUUGCAAAUGGUGUUGCCCAGCAUGCUGAGCUGAGAAGAGGAGAGACUGAAAAGGAAAAAUUAGAGAAGUCAUCAGCUACCAUAGAUUCUUAAGCUUUUGCAUGUACAUUCUUGGUUCUUGCUUUUACGGAGGCAUUUUGUUGGCUCAGUGGUCCUAAUUGGUCUUUUGUGAGCUUUGAAGAGUUUGCAGUUUUGAAAUUGAAAUGGUGAGUUUAGUGUCCUGAAGUUCCUGUUGACUUCAGAGGAUGUGGAUUCAGGAGUUUGGUGCUUCGGGCUAUCCUUUGAAUGAGUGUGGCCAUUGCCCACCCUCUCAAGUUUCUAUGUUUUGAUUUGAGUUGACGGUUUUGCUGUUUCCAAUAUAUGGGAACCACCGUUGUCUGUUCUUAGCAAUGGUUUGAUGUAUACGAGUUCUGUCACAUAGACAGGGCCGCCAAUGGCUGCAUUGGUAAUUUUUGGUGAGGAAUAGUUUGAUAAUUCUGUGUUUUUAAGUUAGUUUUGGUCGAGAGUAUAAUCAAUUGCGUAUUGAAGGGAUCAGUUUUGGGUUGUGCAAAGCUUUUCUAGUGUGGCUCGCUGCAUGUUGUAAAACAGUUAUAUCCAUUCUUUAUCAAUAUUUAUAAAUAUUUUGUGUACAAGGUUUAAACUUCCAAA